AUGAACAAGCAGAAGCAAACUCCAUCAGACAGAGCAAUGGCACUUCCAAAGCGCGUGGGAGGUCAUCGACGCUCAUCUUUAGCCAUAUUUUUUAGGGGGGAAGAGCUUCAAGAGAGCGACGAUAACCAGGCUAAUCAACGGUUGAAACCGAAAGAUCAAUUACAAUUGAGUCCAGAAGAGCUUCGGCAGCGCAUGCCACCCAACACCUUGUAUCCCAAGAAUCCUCGAGCGCCUCAGAAUAUUACUCGUUUUUCUUUCAAAGAGAACCAGUUCAAGAAAGAAGGCGAUGUUGAUCAAACUGUGUUUCACUUAUCGAUUGAAAGCACCCUGCUGUUAAAGGACAGUGCGGAAGCAACGGAGCAGGAAGAGCUUCUACGACUUCGAAAAGAGGCAGCAGAACUUCGGAAGGAACUAGAAGCUGUUGAGGUGUCAAUUGAGGAUGAUGGUUCAACACAGGAUGAAGAAGGACGCGUUAUGCGGAAUCAAUUUAACAACGUGGAUCGAGCCACCCACAUUAGGAGCCGCGCUACAGUAGAGAGGAGCUGUUUUACAGUGCCACCUCCAAAGCGCACUUGUUGUGGAACUGUGAACCGCUGGAUUAUAUGCGAUGCCUAUGCCAAGGAAGCAGAAAUGCAGAACCGAAAGGAAAGCGAACUUAAGGUUUUAGAGCGUGUAGUAAGCUUCAUCGCUCAGCUUGAAGCAUACCGCGAGUUUCAGGCUACAGAUGAAGACGCAUGUGAUACAUCUUUAAGUGUAACUCCGAUUUGGGAGCUCCGAUUACCUCGAAUAAAAGGGAAAGACGCCAUGGCUCUUCAGUGGAAUCCAUAUUAUCAUGACCUUCUUGCAGUCGGAUUCGUACGCUGGGAUGUCGACACAUCCACAAGUCAGCUGUCCUUCAUUUCCGUGUCGGCGGAUGGUUGUGUUAUGCGCUGGACUCUCCUCAAAAACAAGCUGGAAUCUGAAGUGCUCCUCACACUAAAGCGCGAUACCGGGGCAUUAGGAGGCGAUGCGGCUGGAGUAUCUGAGUCAUCAACUACUCUUUCGCUCGCAACUGGACUGUGCUUCGACUUCUGCUCCGCUAGUCCGCAAGUGUUUAUUGUUGGGACUGAGGAAGGAAGCAUACUCAAGUGUUCAAAGGACUACAGUGGCCAACUUUUGAGUUCAUAUAAAGGACACAAUAUGCCCGUACAUGGAGUGCAUUGGAAUCCGUUUAGUGAACAUAUUUUUAUUUCGGCGUCAGCUGACUGGCAUGUUAUGAUUUGGGAUGACCGCCUACAGAAGAAUAUAUUUACGCUGGACUACGGAACGGUAUCACUUCUGGCAGUAUCCUCAUAUGCACGAGGCAUAUGGGUAGCCUUUUUGACAUUUAGACAGUAA